UUGCCACCAUCAAAAUCCCCUUCACUGUAAGCAAAUUCUUUAUCAUUAACAAGUUGUAUUCCUCUCAGGCAAGUAGCUGCAAUUGCAUGGUCCAAAAAAUUAGGGUUGGUGUGGGCAAAUUUGCUGUAUCUCCAGGCUACAUAUGUCUCACAUAG